AAUUGUGUCUUCCACGAAUUUUAGCAAACAGAAAGUUGAAAUGCUACGUAUUGCUGAUAUGGGUGGUUUGAGAUUUAGUGUCAAACAGCCUAUUCUUUCAGCAAGUACAAAUAAAAGUAUUCAUUUGCCAUGGAAUCAUGAAUUAUGAUGCAGAAAAUUUCCAAAAAUUUACUUACUCAAGAUAUUGGGUGUUACUGUAUGGAAGGAACUAAAUUAACUUUUCCACAUUUACAAUUUGACUGCAAUUGUGCCUAUGUGGUAAAGCAAGUAUGGCAGGGCAUCUUCUUUGUGUAGAGGUGUCAAGCGCUACGUCAUCGCCAUUAUAUCAUCACAUGAUAGGAACCGCAGGUUCAGGUUCGGCAGAAGUUUUGAGUCUCAUCCCAGGGGCUUUGUGUGGAAAGUCACAGUCUUAAACUUGAUAGCUUUCCUAAUCCUGAUCCUCUGAUGCACACCCUGGAGUGUUUGUUACGUAAUUUCUUGUUUUUCAGCAUUAGCCACAAUAAGUGGCUCCUUCACCCGUUUGUGGAGAAAUAUUCAAAAGUAAUUGUUAUUCAAUCAAUUUCAGACGUAAUUUCUCUUAUAGAUAACUUAAAUUUAAUAAUUUUAAAUUUGAGACAACCAUGAGCAUUCUAAAAUUACAUGCACAUAAAUAAUUUAUUUUGAUGUUUCCGUCACUUACAUGUCAGUUUCUGUUGAGCAAACCUAACCCAAAGGGCUAUGAAUCUCUCACUAUUCAAUAAACCUUUACAAAAGAUCACCUGCUCUCUCUAUUUUUGGGUCUGUUGGGUGGACAUUGGGCUCAGUCUGUGUCGUCUGGGGUGACCAUCGGUAACCCGAGGGCUCGUGACACCACGUAUAACUUUCCCUCCCGCUCCAUCUCUCCUCGCACACGCCUAGACAGGCCAAACAAUGGGAGUCCAUAUGCCCCAAGUGCUUCAAAUGUGGAUUAGCAAAGGACUACUACCAUGAACUCAGUCUGGGCAUAUGCAAUCGCAGUGGGUCUGCAUCUAUUCAUCCAGAGUGCAACGGCAAACAAACUGGUUUGUUAUUUCACCAAGUGGUCGCAGUACAGAACCGGUGUGGGGAGAUACCUGCCGGGGGACAUAGACCCUUGGCUCUGCACACACCUGGUCUACGCCUUCGCAGUGGUCAAUUAUGCCAACGAGAUCACAGAAAACGAGUGGAAUGAACACACACUCUACAGGCAGUUCAAUGAGCUCAAAAACAGCAGUAACCCACAGCUGAAGACUCUCCUGUCAGUCAGAGACGACAGCCAAGGAGCUCAGUUCUCCAGCAUGCUGUCCAGCGAGGCUAGUCGUCAGAGCUUCAUCCGCUCCACCAUCUCAUUCCUGAGGGCUCAUGGCUUCGAUGGUCUGGACCUGGACCGGCCCUUUCCCGUCUCUGGUGGGAGCUCAGCUCAAGACAAGAUCAGGUUCUCUCUGCUAAGCAAGGAGCUCCUAGAGAGUUAUAAAGCUGAAGGACAAGGAAGGCCUCGCCUCCUUCUGUCUGCAGCAGUGACUGCAGACACUGAUGCCAUCGAUUUGGGAUAUGAAAUCCCUGAGAUAUCCAAGUACCUGGACUUCAUCAGUGUGAAGACGCAUGACUUUUGGCGAGGCCCAGAUAGAGGGACGUACCACCACAGCCCCCUCUUCUGCGAUUCGCUGGACAACAACACAAGUGUAGAUUAUGUCAUGCAGUACUGGAUCACCCGGGGAGCCCCAGCACAGAAGCUCCUGCUGGGACUAGCCUCCCAUGGGCGCUCCUUCACCCUGACCUCCACUGCAACGGGCAAAGGGGCCCCGGCCAGGGGCCCUGGGAUGCCCGGACCGUACACCCAACAGCUGAGGAUCUGGUCCUACUAUGAGAUUUGCUUGUUUCUCAGAGGGGCGCUUGUCUCGUGGAUCGAUGGUCAAAGUGUUCCAUAUGCUGUUAAGGGGGGCGAGUGGGUCGGCUUUGACAACCAGGACAGCUAUGAUGCCAAGGUGGGCUAUCUUAAGAACCGCAGCUUUGGAGGGGUAGCUCUGUGGACCCUAGACAUGGAUGACUUCACUGGUCAGUUCUGUGGGCAGGGCAAAUAUCCACUGGUGUCCCAUUUAAAAAGGAUGCUCAAUAUAGAACCCCAGUACCCCAUCGCCGUGGUGACACCCCUCCCUCACCAGCACUGCUCCCAGAACAACACCGUUGCGUACCAACGAGAUGGCUUCUGCUCGCGCAAACUGGACGGACUGUAUCUGAGGUCUGAGAACCCAAAGACCUUCUACAGAUGUCUGCUGCGGCACACGUACGUGACGAGGUGUCACACUGAUGCACAGGCUAAUAACGGGGGCGGGGUCAUCAUGGUGAGGGGAGGCGUAGCGCUCGCCAGAGUGGCGGAAGCAGCGUUGCUGCACAUGUUUUUUGUGUGGAGCCCCUGGUGAAUCUGUCGUUGUGGGUGAUGGUGCAUGGACCAGGGAUUUGUCCCUUCUCACAGGGGACAGGAGAUCGUUCGUGUCUGGGAACUGUUGUGAAGUAACCCAUUUCGCAUUAAUGGAAUGUUUCCCACACAAAUAAAGCAUGAAUAGAGAA